AACGUUCCAUUCACUCGCACCACAACAAUAACAAGUCUUUUGCUCUUCCAAAGCGCACGCAGAGACUCACGAACUCCUCCAUCAAUGGCCACUAAAGUCUACAUUGUUUACUAUUCCAUGUAUGGACACGUUGCAAAGCUCGCCGAAGAGAUACAAAAAGGAGCUGCAUCAGUUGAGGGAGUAGAAGCAAAGCUAUGGCAGGUACCCGAGACGCUGCCAGAUGAGGUUCUUGGAAAAAUGGGCGCUCCGUCAAAGAGUGAUGUCCCUAUCAUUACACCUAAUGAACUCGCUGAGGCUGAUGGGUUACUAUUUGGUUUCCCAACCAGAUUCGGAAUGAUGGCUGCACAAUUUAAAGCAUUUUUUGAUGCUACUGGGGGUUUGUGGAGAACACAACAACUUGCAGGCAAACCUGCUGGAAUUUUCUACAGCACCGGAUCUCAAGGAGGUGGACAAGAGACUACUCCCUUGACUGCCAUCACGCAGCUCGUUCACCAUGGAUUGAUCUUUGUGCCUAUUGGAUACACAUUUGGAGCUGGCAUGUUUGAGAUGGAGAAUAUUAAGGGCGGCAGCCCUUACGGUGCGGGAACCUUUGCUGGGGACGGCACAAGGCAACCAUCGGAGCUAGAGCUACAGCAAGCUUUCCACCAGGGGAAGUACUUUGCCGGUGUUGCUAAGAAGCUCAAGGGAACUGCUUGAGUUCGUUCACCAUACUUACCUAUUCACUAUUCAGCAUUUUUCUAUACUUGCACAAAAUACUUUCCUAUUCAACAGUCUUAAUUUUCCAACUUCAUGUUCUCGUAAACUAUUGCUUUGUUUGGUAUAUGUGCUACUUUAUACUGUAUGGGGAUGUUGGAUAAAAUGAUAUCUUUGCUUAAGACCUUUUCUCAUUCCUUGUCCAAGUGA